AUGGCUACUUAUGUGCAUCCUUCUUCAUCACCUCUUCUUACAAGUGAAGGAGAUGAAAAGUAUGCGAAUGUGAAAUGGGAAGAGCUUGGAUUUGCUCUGACUCCGACAGAUUAUAUGUAUGUGGCGAAAUGCAAACAAGGAGAGAGCUUUUCAGAAGGGAAUAUUGCUCCUUAUGGAGACAUUUCAAUUAGUCCUUGUUCUGCCAUUUUCAAUUAUGGCCAGGGACUAUUUGAAGGUCUCAAAGCUUACAGGGCAGAAGAUGACCGGAUUAGGCUCUUCCGGCCUGACCAAAACGCUCUUCGUAUGCAAACCGGUGCAGAGAGGCUUUGUAUGACAUCUCCUUCUGUGGAGCAAUUCGUCGAAGCAGUUAAGCUAACUGUGCUUGCCAACAAGAAAUGGGUUCCUCCUCCGGGUAAAGGAACUUUGUACGUAAGGCCUCUGCUCAUAGGUAGUGGUGCAAUACUUGGAUUAGCUUCAGCACCUGAAUAUACGUUCCUUGUUUACGCAUCUCCCGUUGGAGAAUACCACAAGGUAAGCUCAGGCUUGUUGAACCUUGAGGUGAAUCAUAAGUAUCGCCGCUCCCAUUCGGGUGGAACUGGUGGUGUGAAGAGCUGCACAAACUAUUGUCCAGUUGUGAAACCAUUUCUCGAAGCAAAGUCAUCGGGAUUCUCUGAUGUCUUGUUUCUGGAUGCGGCAACUGGUAGAAACAUUGAAGAGAUUUCUACUUGUAACAUCUUCAUAGUCAAGGGAAACAUUGUGUCCACUCCACCAACUUCAGGAACCAUUUUACCCGGAAUCACAAGGAAAAGCAUAAUUGAGCUAGCUCGUGAUACUGGCUACCAGGUUCAAGAACGCGAUGUUUCUGUGGAUGAGCUAUUAGAGGCAGAAGAAGUUUUCUGCACAGGAACAGCAACGGUCGUUAAAGCUGUUGAAACCGUGACCUUCCAUGACAAAAAGGUGAAAUACAAGACAGGAGAAGAAACAUUGUCCACAAAGCUCUACACAGUGUUAACCAAUAUUCAGAUGGGUGUUGUUGAAGAUAAAAAGGGUUGGAUGGUGGAGAUCAAUCAUAAAUGUCAAGGUUAA